CCCAGCCCAGCCCAGCCCAGCCGAGCGCUACCGGGGAGGGGAGCCGCUGUCCGCCGGAGCCCCGGAGCCCCGGAGCGGUGCGAACCGUGCGGGCACAGCACCGUGCGGGCACAGCACCGUGCGGGCACAGCACCGUGCGGGCACAGCACCGUGCGGGCACAGCACCGUGCGGGCACAGCACCGUGCGGACACAGCCCGGCUCCCUGCCGAGGCUCCCCGCAGCUCCCGCGGAGGGAGCGCAGCGCUGCCUUUCCCCCCCGGGCGGAGGUGGGGGCUCGCCGGGAUCUGCUGUCCGAGCCGGCUCGCCGUGCCGUCCCCGGGAGCCGGGGCCGAGGCGCUGUCACCCGGCGGGGACCUGGAGCCAUGGGCGAGCAUAUGAUGAUGCCGAUGAGCCACGGCGGCGCCGGGCUGCAGAGCUACCGCAUGGGGGUGAGCGGGCUGCAGGGACCCCCGCAGCACGGGCAGCAUGUGCUCAGGACGCUGCCCGCCGCCGCUCAGAUGAUGCCCUACGGAGGGGCUGCCAUGGACGGAGCCAUGAGGCCGAGAGCCAGCCUCAGCGGACAGAUGGGCCACCACCAGAUGCAGAACGCGAUGAUGUUCAAUGGCCCGGGGCAGCAGCAGCAGUACAUGGGGCCGGUGGGCACCCAGCAGCUCAUGGCCAGCAUGCACCUACAAAAACUCAACACCCAGUACCAGGGGCACCCGCUGGGCAUGAGCAACGGGCCCAUGGGAGCCGGUGGCCAGCAGUACAGAGUGGGGCCGGGCCAGCACCCGGGCAUGCAGCACAUGCCCUCACCGGCGCUGACGUUGAAUGUUAUGGACACUGAUCUUAUAGAUGAGGAGGUCUUGACAUCUCUUGUCCUGGAACUGGGGUUGGACCGGAUUCAGGAGCUGCCAGAGUUAUUCUUGGGACAGAACGAGUUCGACUUCAUUUCAGACUUUGUUAGCAAACAGCAGCCCAGUGCCAUCAGUUGCUGAGGGGCUUUGAGCUCCUCCUUGUGUCUUGAUGGUUUUGAGUUUGUUUCUAACUUUUCCCCACCUGCCAUCCUCCCUUCCCCUGCCUUGCCCUGUCCUGGAUUCCUGCCUUCCCCAAAGGGACAAUCAUCGGACACUGGCUUGCAAUGGAUUGCUUUUCUCUUCUGUGUGUUUUUUUCUGUGUGGGAGUUUCUGGAGAGGGGGUUGGUGCUCCCCAGACAGAGAGCAGAUCAAGAGCUGCUGCUGUAGAACUGCCUCUAAAUGACAUUAACAGGAUUUCUGGCUUAAGUAGAAAUAAUGGACUUACGACUUUCCUCAACUAGGCUUGGAGCACAAGAAGCAAUAGGCAGCUGGCAGCCCUGCUGUAGCUGGAUUUGCUCGUGGAUUCUGUGGUGCCAGUGGAGUUGAAGGAUCCUGAGAGAGAAUUGUCUCCCUGGUGCAUGGUUUGAACCAGUUUUCCCUUGCAACCAUGGGUGGGGUUAGUUAUUUGUUGGGAUGUUUUACUGUGACAGUAAAUAGGUCUUCAGUCAUGUCUGUUCAGCUCGGGAAGGGACACUUCCCCAUAGCAGGCUUUUUUUUUCUAGCUCUCAAAAAUAAAGUAUGCCUUGGGGAAGGGUGUGCGUUUGUGCCUAAAUGUUCAUCUCCGUGGAACUUCAGAUCUCGGACCUGUACUGCUAAUCAGCUGUAAAAUUUACUAAGUGUUUGAGGUUGAUUCAGGCAUGAGGCUUAAAGCUGCAGUCUGGCUCCACUUUUUUCCCCCUCUGAAACCAAAUAAAGACCGUGUAACUGUAUAUUUCAGUUCUAAUCUUAUUUAUUUUUCUGCGAUUAUUUAUUUGCAAGGGCUCCUUUUGUAAUUUGGCUUUGGGACUGCUGGGAAAGAUGCCUGGAGAGUACUGCAGCUUUAAGAUGCUGGCUUUGGGAAAAGCAAGCCUGGUUUAGUUUUCAAGCUGCUCUGCAGAAUAGUCCCUUCAACUCGAGAUCGUUAUGCUGAACGCGCAGGACUCUAAAUCCAACACCUUUCUGAAUGUGAUAAAGAUGACUCGAUUUCCAAUUACCUUGCUGAGAGAAGGUGAGAUGUAAAAGCCGGCGGGGUUUGGUUUCCUCGGCUGGCUCCUGUUUCCAGGCUCCGGUGACUCCUGGUUGCUGCUGCCCCCUGGUGCUGCCGGCCCCGGCAGCUGCCACUCGGCGAGUCGGGAUGUACAGAUGGAUUUGCGAAUAAAAGCUGAAAUAUC